UGCCUCCCUCUCUUUCUCAGUGCUUUCAGACAGACUGUUUUGCUGCAGUGAACGGUAGCCGUAGAGAGAGGAAAAGGCAAGAAAAACAAGACAGCGGAAGGCGGAACGAGAACCAAGACAGACAGAUCCAUUGGGACCUUAGCCUGAGCGCCAGCAAGCAUAAACGGGUCCAACACUCCAGAACCGACGGAGCCGACGGGCAUCACGAGGAGCGCUUAUAACGUCAGCGCUUCGUAAAGCUUCUCCUCUCCACUUCUCCUGGUCUCGAGAGGACUACUGGGUUUAACGCACUGGACGGAUGAAGGGGAUGCGCGCGAGUCAGAGUAUGACAUUCCCGGCGUUCCAGCGGGCCGCUCUCAGGGGGCUCGCGGCCUUGAUGAUGCUUCUCGCGACCUCCGUUAGGAGCAACUUUGUUUUCGACGAUGACCCCUUCCAGCCAGUGACCCAAGAUGAGACGGUGGCAGUGGGUGGGGUUGUGACCCUGACCUGCAGUGUGAAGGAAAAUGAUAACUCCUCUCUCCAGUGGUCCAACACAGCUCAGCAGACACUGUACUUUGGAGAAAAGAGAGCACUGAGAGAUAACCGUAUCCAGUUGGUAAAGUCCACGGCCACAGAGCUGAUAAUCACCAUCUCGGAGGUUCAGCUGUCAGAUGAUGGAGAAUACACCUGUUCAAUUUUCACAAUGCCUGUACGGACUGCACGAGCCACAGUUACUGUACUCGGUGUUCCAGGUAAACCUGUGAUAACAGGUUUUGAAGAUGCUGUUCAGGAUGGUGGCAAGGUUACUCUCACCUGCACGAGUUCAGGCAGCAAACCUCCUGCUAAACUACACUGGUACCGCGAUCAAGAGGAGAUACAAGGGCGUCCUGAUGUAGUGGAGUCUAACCCUGAUGAACCGACCUACACAGUAACCAGCGAGCUCACCCUCACUGUCACUAGGAACGAUAACAACGCUCUGAUCGCCUGUGCGGUGGAUCACCCUUCCAUUGCCAAUGGAGACAAGAGGACAGAGCAGCCCCUCAGCGUCUUGUUUUCUCCAAGCGUGUCGAUUCAGCCUGAGAGUGACCUGCCCAGAGAAGGAGAGAAGUUUUUCCUGCAGUGUGUGGGGAACGGAAAUCCAGAACCGACUGCAUUCGUGUGGCGGAGGAAAGACGGAGAGCUCCCCCCGAUGGCAAAGGUGGAUGAUGCGUUCCUGCGCUUCGAAUCCCUCAACAAGUCGGAUAAUGGAGUUUAUGAGUGCCAGGCUGAUAACGGGAUCGGAACAGGGGAAGUAACGCACACCCUUCUGGUACAAGACCAGGAAGAUUCAGACCUCUUUACUCUCACCUCCACUCUCCCUUCAUCCUCUGCUUUUUCCACAUUUUCUCCUGAAACUUCAGUUUCACCAUCUACUGAAGACGAAACUCUUCUUCCAUUCUCAUCUACGUUGUCUCCCACUACCUUCCCCACAUCCACUCUUACCUUUGCCUCGACUCUCCCUCCUUUUACUUCUGCUCCUUCCACUCUCCCUCCUUCUUCUGAAGUUCUCACCACCUCUCUUUCCAACGCUCUCUUCCCUGAUCUCACUCUUCUGCCCUCCUCUAUUCCUGCCCGCACCCCUCCCUCACCCCCCUCCUCCUCCCCUGCCACUCCAUCAUCUGUUCCUCGGCUGAAUGGAGUGCACACCUUUACAGAAACCGGAGUGAACGCUGCAGACCCCACAGCGAUGUCCCCCUCUUCAGGAGUAGACCAUGCUGUGAUUGGUGGAGUGGUUGCUGUUAUUGUCUUCAUCAUGCUUUGUCUCCUCAUCGUCCUCGGCAGAUACCUCAUCAGACACAAAGGUACGUACCUGACUCAUGAGGCGAAAGGUUCCGAUGAUGCUCCUGAUGCAGACACGGCCAUUAUUAACGCUGAGGGUGGCCACUCUGGGGUGGAUGACAAGAAAGAGUACUUCAUCUAGAGAUCCAUCCCUCCGCACCCUCUUCCUUCACAUGCUUCAGUUCACUCAGCCUGACGGGGAAAAAAAGGGAUGGCAGAAGAGAGAGGAUAUAUGUGAGGAAAAAAAACAAAACAAGUGUUGACCUGUUGGAACUGAAGGAACUCAAAUACGCUUUGACACACAGGACAGGGACGUGAGAGUUGGCGCGUGGGCUCACUUUCACACACACACACACACACACACAUACACGCACACACACACAAUAUUUCUUCAUUACCAUAAUUACACAUGAGCAAACACACAUGACGAGACGUAAACAGUAACAACAGGCAAUAUGACAGUGACCACACUUCCCUCGCCUCCCAUGAUUCCUUUCAAACGAUCCAGAUGUACUCUGGCACAUGUUGCACAGUGAUAUGUGCAUGCAUGAACUUUCAAGACACAAGGUCUGCUCCCAAAACCACUGAAAGACAGACUUGUAACAGGCACGCAUGCAAACACACACCGAACAAAAAGUGUCUUAAACUGAAUACAAAAUUGAAUGAAUUUAAACCAUUCAACCCUGCAAUAUCACUGACAGACACACACACACUAACAAACAUCACAUCAAUGUUACAUUACAUCACACACACAGAAUAACCAGGCAAAAACAGCAGCCCCUGCAACCAUUGUAUGGGACCCCCGAUA